AUGGCGGAAUUCGUGCGUGCCCAGAUCUUUGGCACCACCUUCGAGAUCACCAGCCGGUACACGGAGCUCCAACCGGUUGGAAUGGGUGCCUUUGGGCUGGUCUGUUCUGCGAAGGACCAAUUGACAGCGCAACCAGUCGCUGUCAAGAAAAUCAUGAAGCCCUUCAGUACCCCCGUCUUGUCCAAGCGAACCUACCGCGAGCUGAAGUUGCUUAAGCAUCUUCGCCAUGAGAACAUUAUCAGCUUGAGUGAUAUUUUCAUCUCGCCGUUGGAAGACAUCUAUUUCGUCACCGAACUUUUGGGCACCGAUCUCCACCGACUUCUUACCUCGCGACCCCUCGAAAAGCAAUUCAUUCAGUACUUUUUAUACCAAAUUCUGCGUGGUUUGAAAUAUGUUCACUCUGCCGGUGUCGUUCACCGGGAUCUGAAGCCUAGCAACAUUCUCAUUAACGAAAACUGCGACUUGAAAAUCUGCGAUUUCGGUCUUGCUCGCAUCCAGGAUCCGCAAAUGACUGGAUAUGUCUCAACACGAUACUACCGUGCCCCCGAGAUCAUGCUCACCUGGCAGAAGUAUGACGUCGAGGUCGAUAUCUGGAGCGCGGGCUGCAUUUUCGCCGAAAUGCUGGAGGGAAAGCCACUUUUCCCCGGAAAGGACCAUGUCAACCAGUUCUCGAUCAUUACCGAGCUCCUGGGUACUCCCCCAGAUGAUGUGAUCCAGACCAUCUGCAGCGAGAACACUCUCCGAUUUGUCAAGUCCCUUCCUCAGCGCGAGCGCCAGCCCCUCGCGAAUAAAUUCAAAAACGCUGAUGCCGACGCGGUUGACCUGCUCGAGCGAAUGCUGGUCUUCAACCCGAAGCAGCGAAUCCAAGCCACCGACGCAUUAGCGCAUGAAUACCUGGCACCCUACCACGACCCGACCGACGAGCCUGUCGCACAAGAAAAGUUCGAUUGGUCUUUCAACGAUGCCGAUCUGCCAGUGGACACCUGGAAGAUUAUGAUGUAUUCCGAGAUUUUGGACUUCCACAAUAUCGAGCAGGGCAACGAGGCUGGUGAGGCUCUGGUGCAGGGUGCAGUUCAAGGCGAUGCUGGUCAGGCCUUCGCAUGA